AUAUAUACAGGGGUCGGAUGGGAAAUAUUCUGCAUAUGCCCAAAUUAAUAUUUAAAUUAGGUUGAGUUGCGACGGCGGUUUCCAUUGGCUGCUGAAAGGAUGCAUGGUGCUUUCAAACUCCCAUCAUCCUAUGCGCCUGUAUGCUGCUUCCUUUAGCAUCCAUAUUGCACAUUUCUCACUACGAAAAAGAAAAAGCUAUAUUUUGUCAACAUUUUGAUAACAUAUCUGAAUAGAAAUUGAGAGUCUUUGUACAUAUAUAUAUUCUUAAUUACACGCCAUCGUCUUUUAGGGACGAACUAGCAAGAAAACUACGACCAUAGCGUAUUUUUGUGUCUGAAUAUUUUUGUACCAAACCAAACUUAUUUCUUUAAAUUUUAGAUUUGUAUAUAUUUGUAGAUUAUAUAAUUGUUGUACAUAAAAAGAGACAUAAAGUAGCCAGUUUAGUUUUUGUAUCAAUACAGAUUAUAGUCUUGAACUUUUAGUGUUACGGUUUCAGUGUUUUAUAUUGCCUGCAGUUAAAUUUUUGUAGUAUUAAAUUUUUUUAACAUAUUUGGUCAAUAUAAUUUGUGUCAUACUUAUAUUAUAGAUAUGUUUAACAUUAAUCUUGAUAAAGGUUUGAGAAGCGUUUUAAUUGCAGGGGAUUCCAACCUGAAGCAGCUUAAACCCAUGUUUGAUUACCCAGUUAGAACACUGUGCAUACCUGGUGCCAGAGUACAGAAUGACCGGAAAGAAUUCUAUUCCCAACUGAUGAGUGCAAUGAAGACGGAAAACCCAGACGAGAUUGUUCUGCAUCUAGGUUCGAAUGAUGUUUUCGGUGAUGUUGAAUCAACUUUGAGAUCUUAUAGAUUCCUGAUGGAGAAUUUACUGCUGGAAUUUAAAUCGUUGCAAAUAGGUAUUUGUGGCAUACUUCCCCGUGCAGUAAACCACUAUGAAAGUACUUAUUGGAACAUGUCAGCAUUGCCAAGACUGCAGAGAGAUGUUGAGAAGUUGAACUCUGGUAUACAGUCUUUAACUGGUGGUUACAGUAGAUGUUUUUUUAUUGAUUAUGCCAAGCUCUUUCAACCUGCUGUUCAUCUUGGAAGGGACGUACUUCAUGUUAAUAGAAAUGGUGCUUUUAUUUUGAAGAUGACUUUAGAGAACUAUUUAGCAGAGAGACAAAAGUGUGUGACAUAUAUGAAUGCAACCUUAUUGUCUCCUGUACAGAUACCUGAUGUAGAAUCUUUAUCACCCAAGAUGACCUAUGCAGAAGUGGUGAGACUAUCAGUACCUUCAUCUGAUACAAGGAACAGACCUUUUGACAAGGAUGUUGACCAUCAGAAUUCCUCUAGAACCCCUUCUAACAGGAAGAGAUUGUGUUUAGCUGGGGCAAGAAGAACAAUUAAAAGAAGAUCUCAGAGAAAACCAAGAGGAACUUAUAAAACAGGAUACAGUAUAAAGAGGAAUGAGAUAGUCCUAGAUGUUACUGAUGAUGUUGCUGUUAUCUUGUCAUCCUCAGUCAUUUGUACUUUUUAUCAGACUGACACAAGAAAGCAACCUGUAGAAUCUGUACAAUUCAAGCAAUCAAAGAAAACAGCAGUGACUAAGAAAGAAAAAAAAAGCACAUAUAAUUGUCCUGUUUGUCCAGUAACAUGCUCCAGAGAAGAUUUUCUGAUAGACCAUGUUAUUUGCCGUCAUGCUAAAAAAGGUCAAACUCACUCAGUCAAAGAAAUUUCUCUUAAGGUACCAAAAAUAGAAGAACCUGUGGAGGAGCUGAGGAGUUCCUUUGAUGAGAAUGACAAAGACAUACAUGACAUAGAAUAUGUUAGUGUAAACAUAGGGAAAGAAGAAGUACAAGAUUAAAUAACACAGCAAAUGAGAAUACUGAAACAUUUCCUGAAAAACAGGCUGAACAAUAUAUCAGGUUGAAGAAAGACAAAGAUGGUUUUGUUGUAAGAUA